AUGCCAGCAAUUCCCCAUCUUCGCGCCGCGCUCGCACCCAGCCAACCCGACCGUUGCCUCAAGACAGAACUGUCGGCACCUUUCGUCGAACUUGCCUGCGAUUUCGAAGUCAACGGAUAUUGCUCUGGCCCUACAUGCGACUACUGGUUCGGCGCUGUGACGCGAUUCCAGAAUAAGCGCCACAUGAGCAUCGAAGAAGCCGCGGCGGACCCGGAACUGUCUGUGAAAGUAGUCAACACCUUGCUGGACAAUGCGCGCGCCAAAUUCAUCCUUGGUCUUGACCUGAUCAACCUUUCGGCAAUGCAAGCGGGAAAGCUUGAUACUGAUCAUGAGCACCACGUUCUCGGCAUCGGACUGCAGGUUAGCAUCGUGCUUAUGUGGCACUGUGACGAGACUCGCACUCGCGCGAUGAGAAGUAAGGAAUGGUCGAAGAUGUACAGGGAUGUCGUUGCAAUGAAAGAGAAGCUGCACAAAUUCGGUACCCAGAUGCUGUGUUGGUCAUCAAGCGAGUAUCCCCCACGGUCCGAGCGAUGCAAUGUCAUGGACAUGACCAUGGAAGUCUUCAGUAUGCUGAUAGCAGAGCUCAAGCGCCGGAUGCGAUAUGGAACGUCUCAGUGUAUUGCUGCAAAGGAUGAGUUGUGA